AGUGGGAAGGAGGCGGUGUUCUGCUGAUCUGUUAAAUUCUUAGUGAAGUUUCCCUCAUUUCCAGUGGUGGCUGCUGUUUGAGUUUGGUUUAGAGCAGGGAUGAGGUUAUCCUGACAUUUCUGGAAUCACAUCUAGCAAAAAGGAAGAAGAAGAAAAAGAAAAGAUUGGGAAAAAAAGUGGGGCGAUAAAGAGCAGGCUAAAGAGGGCUUCUUUUCUCAACAUCGCAUUCCUGUGUUUUGCUUCAGCCUGGAAAAUAUAUUAAUCCCAGGGCUUUUUCUCUCUGGAAACAAAGGAGCUAAACUAGAGUGAGGAGGAAAGGAGUGAUUAGAAGGAUCAUGAAACUUUAAAAGAGAGAGAGAGAUUCAGAAACAGCUGAGAGUUCACUUUUAUUAGAUGAAAUGUGUCUCUCUGUGUGUGUGACUGAUACAGAAACAAGACAGACCUGCAGGUAAAUGGAGCAGCAAAGAUCACAAAGGAAAUUUCCUUUCACUUCAUCCCACUUGUCAAGAAGGUGAAGAAAAACAAAAAAGUAAAAGCUCCACAGUGAACCGGACAUUCUCUGGAGUCUGUUUUGUUACAUAAAAACCAGUGAGCUGCAGCAAAACUCCAUGGCAUUGCUCUCCCUCUAAAGAAAGGGCUGGGGUACACGGAUCUUGAACAGAAACUUUCCUGAGAGGUGGAUUGCACAAUGAACUGGACACUCAUUCUGAGUUUAGCCAUGCUGUGGGCAACAUGGCUAGUGUGUGACUCUGAGAAGACCGUGAGGCUAGCAGACAGAGGGAACCAUGGAAUUAGUUACUUGCCUCUCUCUCACAGGGCUAGCAAUGGAUCGCUGUCCUUCCUGAGAAGGUCGGAGGCAUCCCAGAGUAGUUGGACGCCUUCAAUGGGGAAUCUCCAACGUCCUGUUGCCAAGAGGGAUACUCCAGCAUCAAAAAAUGUACAACCUGACCUGCUGCGAGAUGAAGUGCCGGCCCAGGCCAGGAGAGUCAGGGCCAGAGUAAGGCAGACGCAGAGACACACCACUGCGGCCAAACAUCCCCAGCCUGAGAUGAUCAAGGACGAGGGGAAGUCUGCCGUGUCUCGGUCACGGAUUGUACGUUUCCCUUCAGGGUCCAGUUCUCCCAAUGUCCUGGCCAGCUUUGCCGGCAAGAACAGAGUCUGGGUCAUCUCUGCCCCUCAUGCCUCUGAAGGCUACUACCGGCUCAUGAUGAGCCUGCUUAAGAGCGAUGUCUACUGCGAACUGGCCGAGAGGCACAUCCAGCAGAUUGUGUUGUUCCAUGAGGAAGGGGAGGAAGGAGGGAAAGUCAGGAGGAUAACCAGCGAAGGGAAAAUCCUGGAGCAGCCUCUAGAUCCCAGCCUCAUCCCUAAGCUCAUGAGCUUUCUGAAACUGGAGAAGGGGAAAUUUGGCAUGGUGCUGCUGAAGAAGACCCUACAGGUGGAGGAAAGGUACCCUUACCCUGUAAGGCUAGAGGCCAUGUACGAAGUCAUCGACCAGAGCCCCAUCAGGAAAAUCGAGAAGAUGAGGCAAAAGGGUUUCAUCCAGAAAUGCAAAGCUGUCGGGGUGGAGGGGCAAGUGGUGGAGGAAAGUAACAAUGGUGGCAGCACCAGACCUACAUCAAGUGGUGGACAAGUCCAGCUGUCGGUAAGGAAGGAGGAGCCAAGGAGAAGCAAUGCUCAGCCAACAAGGAGCAAAACAGUGAGGAAACUAAUCACGACCCCAGUGGCUCCUCCUCCCCCUACAACGAGGGGCAGCACCCUCCCUCCCACAACCACCACUACCCAGGCAACCACCCGCACAGUGAUGAUGCCGAGCAGACCUAUCACCACAGCCACACCCCUUCCGACCACUCAGAGAACUUGGACCACAAAGUCACACACCACUUCCGACUAUGAUAGGCUGCCCACAGCGCCCGAGGCAACUGCCCCGCGGGGAACAGCCACUGAUGAUUUCUACUCCCCUGUGUGGAAUGAGAACCGCAGAGACAGGCAGCAUGGUCACCCGGAGAGACACCCAGUAGCCACCCGGAGACCUGGCAAAGUUGCCAGCUACGACAGCUACACAGAGGCUCUCCUGGCCGCCUCAGAGCACUACACGAGGGCAAACACAGGUAGAUUUAGAGACAACCGUACAGACCGGAAAGACUAUAUACACCGGGAUCCCAGUGUCACACCAGGCCAACACAAACCAGCCAAAGCCAAGCCACCUAAAAAGAGAACCCAGGAAAAGAUCCUGAGCAAUGAAUACGAGGAUAAAUAUGACCCAAGCAAGCCUGCUGUCCCCCACUUGGAGCAAGAGAUCGCAGCAGGGAAUGUCCCGCCGAAGAAAGGGAAAGAGCCAAAGAAGCACGACCGACCAGACAAGCCUGAGAAGAAGAAGAAGAAGGAGAGACCUGAUAAGCUGCAGAAGAGCGAGAAGCAGGCCAAGAAGGACAAAGCUGAGAAGAAGACCAAGCAGGACAAAGACCGCAGCAAGAAAAACAAGAAGGGGAGCAGGACUGAGAAUGAGGGCCACCUGAAGCCAAACACAAAGCCUUUCGUUCAGCCCUCCAGGAAAUCGGUGACAAACCUCCUGGAUUUUUUUGAAGGCAAACGGCGACUCAUUCUGAUCACGACCCCCACGGCCGACACCACUAUGUACGUGCAACAGCGAGACGAAUACCUGGAGAGUUUCUGCAAGAUGGCCACAAGGAAAAUCUCAGUCAUCACAAUUUUCGGCACCAUGAACAACAGCAGCAUGAAGAUUGACCACUUUCAACUAGAUAAUGAGAAGCCGAUGAAGGUGGUAGAGGAUGAUGACCUAGUGGACCAGCACCUCAUCAAUGAGCUGAGGAAAGAAUACGGGAUGACCUACAAUGACUUCUUCGUGGUGCUGACGGAUAUUGACAUGAGGGUCAAGCAAUAUUAUGAAGUGCCCAUUGCAAUGAAGUCAAUAUUUGAUUUCGUUGACACCUUCCAGUCACGAAUCAAAGAUAUGGAAAAGCAGAAGAGGGAAGGUAUUGUCUGCAAAGAUGACAAGAAACAGUCCCUGGAAAACUUCUUAUCCAGAUUCCGAUGGAGGAGGAGGCUGCUGGUGAUCUCUGCUCCCAACGACGAGGACUGGGCCUAUUCCCAGCAGCUUUCUGCCCUCAGUGGACAGGCCUGUAAUUUUGGUCUGCGCCACAUAACUAUCCUCAAGCUGCUAGGACUCGGGGAAGAGAUCGGUGGUGUCUUAGAACUGUAUCCCAUCAAUGGAAGCUCCAAUGUGGAGCGAGAAGAUGUCCCUGCUAACCUGGUGAAAGACAUCCGCAAUUAUUUCCAAAUCAGCCCUGAAUAUUUCUCCAUGCUUCUGGUUGGGAAAGAUGGAAACGUCAAAUCCUGGUACCCUUCCCCAAUGUGGUCCAUGGUGAUCGUGUAUGAUUUGAUCGAUUCCAUGCAGCUUCGGCGACAGGAAAUGGCAAUUCAGCAAUCACUUGGCAUGCGAUGCCCAGAAGAUGAGUAUGGUGGGUAUGGUUACCAUAGCUAUCACCAGGGAUACCAGGAAGGUUACCAAGAUGACUACCGUCACCAUGAAAGUUACCACCAUGGAUACCCGUACUAAAAAGAGCAACUUAACCUUUGACUGCUGUCUCUUGCCUGCAUCCUAAUAGCUGUUCAAGCCGCAAGUGGCCAGACAUGGAAAUUCUUCUCAAGCCACCUAAAUGCCCAUGCCUCUUUCUUUCAGUAUUCAGUCAAGGGCCUAAAUAAACAUUGUAUUUGCCGUUUUGAAAAUCCA